AUGGUCAAGGCUCACCUUAAGAAUUCCAAUUACAAGCGUUAUCGGAGACGCAGAGGGCAGGGCGGCUGCUGUCCGCUCGCCGCCGCAAUGCUGGGGGGCAGCUCCGGGGAUGGCGAGCGUGACACCGACAACGAUGCAGCGGGGGCGGGGGCCGCAUCCCCUGCCAUCGACGUCCCUGCACAGGUCUCGGACCCAAGUAUGGUGUUUAAAUUACUCUGCCAGACUUUUAUCAAGAUGGGGCUGCUGUCUUCAUUUACCUGCAGUGAUGAGUUUAGCUCCCUGAAACGACACCACAACAGGGCCAUCACUCAUUUAAUGAGGUCUGCCAAAGAGAGAGUGAGCCAGGAUCCUUGUGAAGAUAAUUCUUACAUGCAGAAAAUCAGAUCCAGGGAGAUAGCUUUUGAAGCACAAACCUCACGCUACUUAAAUGAAUUUGAAGAGCUUGCCAUCUUAGGAAAGGGAGGAUAUGGAAGAGUAUACAAGGUCCAGAACAAAAUAGACCGUCAGCAUUAUGCAAUUAAGAAAAUCCUGAUUAACAGUGCAACUAAAACAGACUGUAUGAAGGAGCUACGAGAAGCAAAGGUUCUGGCAGGUCUCCGACACCCCAACAUUGUUGGCUAUCACGCUUCAUGGCUAGAACUUGUUCGUGUGGUUCGGCCACAAGACAGAGUUCCCAUUCAACUGCCCUCUCUUGAAGUACUGUCAGAGCAUGAAGGGGACAGAGAUCAAGGUGAUAUUAAAGACAAUGAAAGCAGCUCAUCCAUUAUCUUUGCUGAACUCACCUCAGAAAAAGAGAAACCUUUUGGUGAAUCUGACAUUAAAAACGAGAAUAACAACUUGGUGAGCCGCACUGCUGAUUUAGUGAUCAGGAACAGCAGUGAAUUUGAAUCGUCCAUUGAGCUCCAAGAAAAUGACUCGACCGAUUUGUCUAUCAGACCAGUUGUCAAGCAUCAGCUGCCACUGGGGCAUAACUCAGACUUGGAAGGGAAUUCUACAUCCACGGAUGAGUCCUCUGAAGGCAAUUUGAACCUGCUGGAGCAGAUAGAGGUUCGGUACCACCUGAUGCUGCACAUCCAGUUGCAGCUGUGUGAGCUGUCCCUGCGGGACUGGAUAGCCGAGAGGAACAAGCGGAGCCGGGAGUAUGUGGAUGAAGCUGCCUGUCCCUCCGUCAUGGCCAGUGUUGCAACAAAAAUAUUUCAAGAAUUGGUGGAAGGUGUCUUUUACAUGCAUAACAUGGGCAUUGUCCACAGAGAUCUGAAGCCUAGAAAUAUUUUUCUUCAUGGCCCUGAUCACCAAGUAAAAAUAGGAGACUUUGGUCUGGCCUGUGCAGUAAUCAUACAGAAGAGCUCAGACUGGACCAGCAGAAAUGGAAAGGGAAUGCCAACACAUAUGUCCAGAGUGGGGACCUGUCUGUAUGUGUCACCCGAACAGUUGGAAGGAUCCGAGUAUGAUGCCAAGUCAGAUAUGUAUAGCCUGGGUGUGAUCCUGCUCGAGCUCUUUCAGCCAUUCCGGACAGAAAUGGAGUGA